UUAAACUUUAAAGUCAGUUUGUCAACACUAUACACUACUCGUUGGUUUUUGGUCACUCUGAAAGUUACUUUGCUUUGGGAAGCAUAGAUCAUAUUUGUGCAUUCAUUUCUAAAACAAGUGUGUUAGUCCUUUCCAGUCACAGUCAUGGCAGCAACAAUUGACCUGACAAAUGAAGCCACACUUUUGGUGGCCAUGGAGUCAACAGCAUGUGAUCCUCACCAUGCUGAGAUGCCAGAACUUUCUGGCCUUUCAUCCAUUACUUCACAGAGUGAGUCUGUUGAUGGAUGCGACCAGCAGCUUCGGGUUUUUCUCAGAGUUCGUCCUUUUAGUAAAGAGGAGCUCAACAACAAUGAGGACCAGCGUUGUGUGGUGUUUGAGAGCACUGAAACUGCUACGCUUCAUGCCCCUAAAGGCUCUGCCACCUUGAAGUGCAGUGAAAAAGGCAUUGGCCAGCAGGUGCACAAGUUCAGCUUCACCAAGAUUUUUGGGCCAGAGUCGACUCAGGCAGAGUUCUUUGAUGGGACGAUCAAAUCACAAGUUCAAGAUUUUCUGCAUGGCAAGAAUGCACUGGUGUUCAGCUAUGGAGUAACCAACGCUGGGAAGACACAUACCAUACAAGGCUCUACAAAAGAUCCUGGUAUUUUACCACGUGCCCUUGAGCUAGUGUUCAGGCACAUCAACGGACGCCUGUAUGAGCCAAUGGACCUGAAGCCGUAUCUGAAUUCUGAUGUACAGAAACUGGAUCCUGAUCAGCUCAGAAUGGAGAGAUCUGUUAAGACUUCACUCUUCAGUAUGCUCAAAGAGGACCCGGAGUCCACUAGAAAGAGCAGGAGUCGGAGUUCCUCCUCAUCUUCUGUUAACAGCCUCUCUUUCUCUGGAGUCUCUUAUGAUCAGACAGUGGACAGUGCAGAGGGAGCUGCUGAUGUACAGUCUGUCUACUCGCUGUGGGUUGCUUACUUUGAGAUCUACAAUGAGCAAGUGUAUGACCUGCUGCAGCCUGCGCUCUCCAACAGAACGAAGAGGCGAGCGGCAUUGCGUUUGUGUGAGGACAGUGCGGGAAAUUCCUAUGUUAGAGAUCUGAGGUGGGUUAAUAUACAGAAUGCAGAAGAGGCUGCUAAAGUUCUACGUGUAGGCAACAAGAAUCGCAGUGCUGCAGCAACCAAAAUGAACCAGUCAUCCAGCAGGAGCCACAGCAUCUUUACCGUCAAGCUAAUACGCAUUGAUGGAGCUGAUGUCCAAGGAAUGUCAGAGCUUUCUCUGUGUGACCUGGCUGGGUCGGAGCGCUGCAACAAGACGCAAACGUUUGGAGAGCGCCUGAAGGAAGCCGGGAACAUUAACAAUUCCCUGCUGAUUCUGGGAAAGUGCAUUGCAGGGCUACGAAACAUCCAAAGUGACAGGAUGAAGAACAACUACAUUCCGUUUCGUGAAAGCAAGCUAACCCGCCUCUUCCAGGGGGUGUUCUGUGGUCGUGGAAGGGCCUCCAUGAUUGUGAAUAUCAAUCAGUGUGCCUCAACUUAUGAUGAGACUCUCCAUGUCAUGAAAUUCUCUGCUGUUGCCAAAGAGGUCGUUCAGGUGAUCCAACCUCGCUGUCUCGAGUCUCUGGCACCACGCCUGCUUGGUCGAGAUGGAAAGCCUUUGCUAAACAAUGGGGUGCUUGACAGCCAGGCAGUGGAUGCCUACCUGUCAGAGGACGAGCUGUUGGAUGGGGAUGAAGAUGCGGAUAUGUCAAUAUUACCUCAGGAGGAACUGUUGAAUUUGGUGGAGAGUCUACGGGCAAAGCUGUUGGCUGAGCGUAAGAAAAAUCUGCUGCAGGAGAUUCAGAUUCGCAGAGAGAUGGGCGACGCCAUGAUGCAGCAAAUUAUGGAGAUUGAAGAACUUCACAGUCGCCAGAUGGCAGAUAUGAAGGAGAGUUACGAGGAAAAAAUGGACAGCACGUUUGAGAUGUAUAAAGAGGCGCUGAAGGAGCACGCCUACCAGUGUGCACUGGAACGUCUUGAAGAAGAAUACGUCCCAGUAGACGAGUUCACGGCUGAGCAGGACCGAGCUAAGGAGCUUGAGAGGCGUGUGCAUGAGUUGGAACGGAAGCAACAUGGUUCUGCAUCAGUUCUUCUUCAGCAGGAGAGUUCAACACAGACUGACCUGGCGCAACCAAGCACGGAGGAGACGGAUUCAGAGCGGUUCAAGCUUCUCUACAAAGAAAAGUGUGCUGUGGAACAGGUGUGCGCAGAAAAACAAGAGUUGAUUGUAUCUCUUGAGAAACGAAUCAACGAGUUGAACGAGACUCUGCAGGAAGCCGGAGAGAGCUACAUGGAGAAACUUGGAGAAGUUCAAAAUUUACAGAAUAAGCUCAAUUACCAGGAGCAAGAAACCGAGCAUUUACAGCGGGAGCUCAGUGAGAGAGCUCUGGAGCUGCACAGUGUCAAGGAGGACCUGGCCAAGCUAACGCGUGACUCUGUGGGACAAUCUCGCCCAAAACGGGGACUGCUGGUAAACAUCAAAGAGACCAUGUCCUCUCCGGCAUCAGGAACACUCUGCCGCACAAUCAGGAAAUCAGUCCGCACUACCACGUCCUUGAGGAAAAAGCCCUGAUUGAAUGUUUUUUAUGCAUAAUUAAAUGGAUGUCUGAUUUUUA